UCCUUAAGUGAUGUAUAAAGUAGUCUUGAAGUCACACACAGUCACUUGACAUGAGAAAGUAGAGUAAGUGAAGGUUAAGUGCAUAUGUACACAUUUAUAUGUUUUAUUUUGAUUUAAAAACUAUACAUGCUCAUCUGAUGCUCUUAUCUCCGACGGUCCUGUACAAAAAUCUUGAAAUAUUAUCUCACUUCUCCACAGACAGCCACAGAACGAGCCGAUUUUAAAGUGUACUUAUUUCAUGGGAUAUGGCAUUUCUCCCUUUUGUUGUAUUUCUGGUUAGUAUUUCGUCCGUAUACGUUUGCAGCUUUAACCGACAUGCAUGGCUUUUAUAUGCACAUGCUAGCAGCCAUUGGCUUUCAUAGAAUCAUAGGGGUUUGGAGCAACCCCGGGACAAAUGACAGCAAUUUCAUUUUUGUGCGCUGUCUCUUUAAAAAUAAGGGCUUCUGUGCAUUCUUUAUUCUGGACCAUCUUCCAGAAGGCCUUCAGUCCGACCGGUCACAAUCUCAAUGACUGACAUCCAAUGAAGUCCAUCAGUGGGGUUCGACCCAAAUCAAAGCAGUAACAAGCAGCACUCAGCAUAACAAAAAACACAACCGUUUCAGUAACAAACGAAGUACUUUCCUGUGCACAUUUGCACCAAAAUACCGCAGUGCUGGCUUUAAAACAGUCGUGCUGUGUGUGUAUUUGUGUAAAUCGUGUGGUCUGAGCAUAUGGGCUCAAAGGCUUUGCAUUUCUCUCUUUGUGUUUCAACAUCCGGGUUUCCCUGCUGCGAAAUUCCCAAUCCUACUACGGCGAGGCCCCGCCUCCUGAAUAUUAAUUAGGCCGUGCUGACGUUCCUCCGCGACCUUCCGGGAGCCUCCAGUCGCGCAAGCGAUUUAAUAUUCAUGAGCCGCAGGCCCGGCCAAUCGGAGCGCUCCGCCGCGCCGGCGUCACGCCGCGCGCUUAAUAUUCACGAGCCGAGGCUUCGCCUUAGUAGAAUUGGAAAAUUGGUUUCCCUGCUGGCUGCGCUUCGCUCUCCGAAGCCAUUUUGGACUCAGUUCAGUUCCGUGCGUGUCAGAAUCGAACCCCGUCCGGCCAUUCUCGCUCUUGCACGGGGAAAGCUUCGCGCGCGAACGGGAUUCGCCCGGAGAUCGCCGGCCGCUCCGCACCGGGAGGCGUUUCCGUCGGAAUAGGCGCUUUUCCUGAUGGAUCCGUGCAUGUGUUAAAGUUUGAUUAAGCCCGAUCGGUGGGGUGGACAUCAGGCCGACGGUCACUCGGGCUCGUGCGCGCGCGCGCGCCUCUGUGUGUGUGUGUGUGUGUGUUUGUGUGCGCGCGUAUGUGUGCGUGCGUCCCCCCGGUCGUUUUAAAUGCGCGCAAAGCAGAGGACGCUGAAAAGGAGAAAACCCGGAGUGUUUUUGUGUCACUAGAGGAAUAUGUUCGCUUCCUGGCCGACUUUUGCACUUCUUCUGGGAACUUUCAGUGCAGGACCCAGUCAUGGUGAGGUGGAGACGCGCGAGUGUUUGUACUUCAACAUUAACUGGGAGAUUGAGAAGACGAACCGCAGCGGCGUGGAGCGCUGUGAGGGAGAGAAGGACAAGCGCUCGCACUGCUACGCCUCGUGGAGAAACAGCUCCGGCAGCAUCGAGCUCGUCAAGAAGGGCUGCUGGCUGGACGACUUCAACUGCUACGACAGAGAGGAGUGUGUAGCCACCGAGGAGAACCCGCAGGUCUUCUUCUGCUGCUGUGAAGGAAACUUCUGCAACGAGAGGUUCACGCACCUGCCUGAUGUGAGCGGCCCAGUGAUCGAGCCUCCUCCGCCGGCUCCGCUGCUCCUCAACAUGCUGGUCUGCUCUCUGCUGCCCAUCACCAUGCUCUCCAUGGCUCUGUUGCUGGCCUUCUGGAUGUACCGGCACCGCAAGCCUCCUUACGGGCACGUGGACAUCAACGAGGACCCGGGGCCCUCUCCUCCCUCUCCUCUCGUGGGCCUGAAGCCUCUUCAGCUGCUCGAGGUCAAAGCUCGGGGACGCUUCGGCUGCGUCUGGAAGGCUCAGAUGAUGAAUGAGUAUGUAGCCGUGAAGAUCUUCCCCAUUCAGGACAAGCAGUCGUGGCAGAACGAGCGUGACAUGUUCUCCACGCCGGGCAUGAAGCACGAGAACCUUCUGCGAUAUAUCGCUGCUGAGAAACGAGGAAACAACCUGGAGACGGAGUUCUGGCUCAUCACAGAGUUUCAUGAGCGGGGUUCGCUGACGGACUACCUGAAGGGGAACGUGCUGAGCUGGACGGACCUGUGUCACAUCGCCGAGACGAUGGCCUGCGGUCUGGCGUAUCUCCACGAGGACGUGCCGCGCUGUAAAGGAGAAGGUCCUAAACCAGCCAUCGCUCACAGAGACUUCAAGAGCAAGAACGUGAUGCUGAAGACGGACCUGUCGGCGGUGCUGGGGGACUUCGGCCUGGCGGUGCGCUGCGAGCCGGGGAAGCCCCCGGGGGACACUCACGGUCAGGUCGGGACGCGGCGCUACAUGGCUCCGGAGGUGCUGGAGGGGGCCAUUAAUUUCCAGCGAGAUGCCUUCCUGAGGAUAGACAUGUACGCCGUGGGGCUGGUGCUCUGGGAGCUGGUGUCACGCUGCAAAGCCGCGGACGGUCCUGUAGACGAGUACAUGCUGCCGUUUGAGGAGGAGAUCGGCCAGCAUCCGUCUCUGGAGGAUCUUCAGGAUGUGGUGGUUCAUAAGAAGAUGCGGCCGGUGUUCAAGGACUGCUGGCUCAAGCAUUCAGGUCUGGCGCAGAUGUGCGAGACGAUCGAGGAGUGCUGGGAUCACGACGCCGAGGCGCGCUUGUCGGCCGGAUGCGUGGAGGAGCGGAUCUCUCAGAUCCGUCGUCUGACCAGCGCCACUACCUCAGACUGCCUGCUUUCCAUGGUCACGUCCCUCACCAACGUGGACCUGCCGCCCAAAGAGUCCAGCAUCUGACCCUCGUCUUUCCAAACUCAGAGAAUCUCGAACCACAUCCAAGCAGCUGCUAUUUUAUCCUAACCUUUUUUUUUUUACUUUUAUUAUUAUUAUUGUUAUUGUUGUUGUUAUUAUUGUUGUUGUUUUUCCGAUCGGAUCACAGUAACUACCAGCACACUUCUCUACUGUAUUUUUAUCAUCUGAAGAUUUUUAAACACGCAUUCAGGAGCCGACAAAUGAAUGCUGACCGGUGCAGGUACCUCGAUUUUUAUUUUUCCAGUUCCGUUGGUUUUUCUCGCUCAUCUUCUGGUUCUUUCCAUUCGGAUCGCCUGCGACGAGCAACCAGUGAAAUCAUCUGAAGAUAUAACAGUGCUGCAAAACCCGCGAGGAUCAUUAUGACUGUUACACACACAACCCGAGCUCCUCGCGGGAUCUCACUUUCGUAUUUCUCUCUCUUUUUAUUUUUUUCUUCUCUCGACGGUGUGCUAAUUGAAAAUUGCGGAAAACGUGUCUUUUACGGAACUAACGGGUGUUGAGGAACACGGAAAAGACAUCUGGACUAAUUCCUUUCUUUCUUUUGGUUUCGGUUUCAUUUGGUGGUGACUGUGAACGGGUUGGUUGGCUUUUAUCGAGUGGAUCUGGCUGGAAACUCUUGCAUGUGGAAAUAUGGGAGGUUUGGUACGGAAAUCUUUCUCAGGUAUCCAGUGUCAAGGGGUCCAUGACUGCCUUUCCCACGUCAUUAUAGGACAGAGAGAAAUAUGACGGUGCCCUGGUGAAUUUAACAUUACAACAUGCAAGACCGUGUGUGUGUGUGUGUGUGUGUGUGUGUGUGUGUGCGUGUGAGAGAGAGUGAGUGUGCGUUUGGUGCCGAGAGUUUGUUGAAAAUAGAAAAAAAAAGACCAUAAAAAGUUUGGCCCGAUCGGCCGCAUGGACGCAAGUGUUGGUUUUUCCUGUCUAGUUUCUCUUGUAAUAAUGCAACGUGUGUUUUGGACUCAGAAGGGUGACAUUAUGGGUCAAAACGCCUCCAAAUCAAAGGAAAAAAAUAAGAAAUAAUAUUUUUAAAGACCUUUUAGGAGCAUUAAGAUUUUUCUUUAUUGUAGCAUUAUUAUUAAGCACAUUUUCCUUCAAAUUCUUAUGACAAUAAUGCAAUUUAUUUUGGGUUGUUUUGUGUUUAAUUUAUUACUGCAAUACUUUAAUUUAUGCUGGUGAUUAUUUAAUUUUAUUUUUAUUGUUUUUGCAUGUUUUUUUUGGUGAUUCUCAU